CUUUCGAUACAUUCUAAGAUGUAUAAAUAUCUCAGGUAAGGAGAGCAUGGUCCAGCCUGCGAGGAUUGAUUAUAGAUCUUUCGUCACUUUUCCUUAUCUAUACCAUGGACUCCUCAAACGAUUUGAUGUCACCACUCUCCCUACAGGCGUGCCCCCAACUGUCUGAUCGACAAGACCUGGUGCACCCCACACAAAGUGCACCUACGAGACGACAGUGCUCCAAUGCCCCUCAGAAGACUAAACAAGCACAACCUACUAUGGAAGUGCUAGCCGAAAACCUUCUUGUAACAACACCAGCACUGCAUAUUGCCCAGAACUACAGUCUGAUGAUGGAAACCUGGAUUCGAUUGGAGAGAGCUGCAGCUUUCCCAGCCAAUAUCUCUAGCACUGACCCUCGAGUAAGCAAUGCUUUCGAGAUUGCCAUGAGGGCUAUCAAUAGCGGUGAUAUUAUUUCCAGAUUGGGCUAUUGUUCAUUGUUGAAAGUCUUCUCUUCCCUUGAACUGCUGAUCAAAAGCGAGCGGAGGCUGGGUAUACAUCCCGCAGAGAAAGACACCAAAAUUGCCAUAGACAGGUUCAGGGCCAUCUCAGGAGAGCAUAACUGGCCUAGGUCAGCAGUCAUAGAAUUAAGACGAAGGGCGAGACGUUGGAAGUACUUGGCAGGUCCAUUAGUGUUUUUCCUCAUGAUAUAUUCCGAGAGGGUAGAACCCAUCGUGUAAGAUAUUCACCGUAGUUUCUACGACUACGCUAACAGCCUUUAGCACACAUUCAGCACGUAUGAAUGAGCCUGCGUUGCGAUCACUGGCAGCCAGCGCGAUCGCAGCGAUUGGAGCGAUCAAUCCCACCAUUCAUAAAGUCUUUAUAGCGUUUCAAAAAAUCGUGGACGAAGAGGUUGGAUAUGGGAUCAAAUUCGACCGCGAGCAGGUUGAAAAGGACGUGAUUAGAGAGUUGCAACUAUGAAGUAGCGACAGCCAAAUGGAUUACCUGAUGGACUUUGAGCACGGACGUAAUCAACGUACAACUUCAAGUUAACAACGAGACAGCUAAAUAUCAGGGAAAUCUAC